GCCUGGGCGAUCUCACACGCAAACCCUGAGCUCCUGCCGGUAACCUGACGACACCCGUCCCCCCUCCAAUCUAUCUUAUCGUCCUUGUCGCCAGGGAUGAGUUCCAACGGCGGCUUUGCCGACCUCUUUAGCCUUGGGACCUCGAGCACGACAAAUACCAGCCGGAGAUCCACCUCCACCGUGCGAUCGCGUACCCGUCGGCUGAUAUCGUUUACCGAUGAUGAUGUCGACGAAAAUGGGAGACAAAUGCAGUCCUCCGGGCUGUCGUCGAUGUUAUCCCCCGAUACCUCCGCUGUUCGCGCCCGCGGUGCUACGCCAUCACCUAACCCAUCCCGCGGAGUGUCCCCCAUACCCAUGAGACAUCCCUCUCGAGCCACCGAGGCUGCCAGCCGUAGCAAAGGAAAUGGUUCUCUAGACUUCUUGGAUGUAUCAUGGACGUCGCUCCAGAGUUUGGCCUCGUCAGUUUUAGGGAGCGAUAUCGCACGACCGGCCACCAAUGGAACCACUAAGACGCAUGCGAGAAAACCUUCACGCCCGGAUGCUUAUCCGAGACUACCUACACCAUCGUCGGCACCUUCAACAUGGGGUCCUUCUGCCCCAUCCACCCCGGAAAUUGGAAGCGGAACCCAAGAGGAGAGACAGGCGUUGGUGCAAGCAAAGAAGAGGGAAGCGCUGUUGCUGGCCGAUACAGGUCCGGCUUGGAGCACCACUGCCCGGCACAAGCGGCGGGACUCUAGCGACCGGACGGGUCAUUCGACGGUUGACCCCGAACACGACGAGGACGCUUUAGCAUAUAUCCACCACGUACAAGCCACCGACACUAUCACCGGGGUUACGAUACGAUAUGGUUGCCAACCUGCGGUGUUCCGCAAGGCCAACGGAUUUUGGCCUAGCGAUAGCAUUCAAGGCCGCAAAACGGUCCUUCUGCCGGUCGACUCCUGCUCGGUCAAAGGACGGCCUAUUCGGCCUAGAAUAGAAGAGGAUCUUAUGGGCGAGGGUUGCCUGAAGCGUGAGUCUUUGGAGGACCUGAGCGGCAGCUCCAUAGCCCCUGCUUCGUCGUCCGGGCCCGUUGAGGCGUUAACGCCUGCAACUCCGGCAGCAGAGUUCGAGGGUGAUCGAACCUGGAAACACGAGUCGUGGGUGCAUAUUGAGGGUUUUCCUGCACCAGUGGAAAUUGGACGUGUCCCCCGAAGGACAUUGGGCUUUUUCCCGCGAACGCGGCGGAAAUCUCUAGCGUAUACCGACUCGGUGCCGUCUCCAGUGUCCGGUCGAGGAGGCACGACUGUUUCCUCGUCGUCUUCGCCAGUUGAGCCAGCAUUCGCACAGCCUGCCAUUCCCGCCUGGAGUCGGCCGCAUGCAGACUCGUCUGCAUCACGCACCUCUUCGAAAACCAAGCCUGGUGUUCGCCAUCAACGCCAGCGCAGCGGCAUCCAACUGUCCGGGCCUGGUGUUGGUACCCUCGAUCAUGACUCGACGGCUCCAGGACCCGCCAUGGAUGGGCUGAGCAAAUUCUUUGCUCAGCAUUUGCCGAAUCUUGCUCCCGUGGCGCAUCCGCCGGAUUUCGAAAGCUCCUCGGAGAGUACGUCAACAGCAGCAGCGAACACGCCAACCGGCCUCGACCAUCUUGGUGGGGCAGUUGAGUCCUGGGUCCGGAAGAUGACGACUCGGGCCAAGGCGAGUUUGAACGAGUUGCAACAGCCGCAAAGUUCGCCGAAGGACGAUCCAGCGCAAGCGAUUGGGCGACGAGGCAACGGGGACCUGAUCGAGUUGAACGACGGGUUAGAGUCUCGAAGCUCCUCGAAUGUGGUAUCCGAACCCCGGUGGAAACCCGAUCUGCUACGGUCGGGGUCAAGUCUUCACGAUGGAACAGCCCUGCGGGGACGUUUUCUUAGCCCUUCACCUGGGACGAGCCGGACUCGUUCUGGAGGGGACCGGGCGAAGGAUGAUUGAUGGGUGAAUACUAUCCUGCCGGGCUACGUCCUCCUUCUGCUUCUUAAUACUUAUUUUUCCUGUUUGGGUCGACGGCAAGGCCAGCUGCUGUCGAUCAGGUAUUUAACUUUCGCGAUACCAAAUACCGCGUGCACUUGAAGCAUAGCACGGCGCAACGGGCAUGCGUCGUCUUAUUACUGUAAUUGAUGUGGCUGACUGCUUGGUGUUAGGGAUCUUGUGAGUCUUGGUUUCUGUACUUAGAACGGUGCCCGGUGGCA